AUGGAUUUCCUCUCCGAUCAAGUAAAGAAGAAGUUCUCCGACAAGAAACCGGGAAACUCAGAACCGGAGCCUAACCACAACAUAAACAAACCCGGUCACGGCGAUCCAACCCAUAAACCGGUUUCCAACGCCGAUCCAACAGCACAUAGGCCAGCUACGAACGCCGAGCUCAUGGCCAGCGCCAAGAUUGUAGCGGAGGCUGCUCAAGCCGCUGCUCGCAACGAGACAGACAAGCUCGACAAAGCUAAAGUCGCCGGAGCCACCGCUGAUAUCCUCGACGCCGCUUCUAGAUACGGUAAGCUCGAUGAAAAAAGCGGUGUCGGUCAGUACCUCGAAAAGGCUGAAAAUUAUCUCCACAAGUAUGAAUCUUCACACUCUCACUCCUCUGGUGGAGCCAGCCACGGUGGUGUCGGCGGUGGAGCCAGCCACGGAGGUGUCGGCGGUGGAGCCAGCCACGGAGGUGUCGGAGGUGGAGGCAGCCACGGUGGCGGAGCUGGAGAACCGGCGGGUAAGAAAGGGGAUGAGAAAUCGGGCCAUGGAUUUGGAGACUAUGCUAAGAUGGCUCAAGGUUUUAUGAAAUGA